UCACUUGCUUUUUUCUACAUAUGGCGAUUGUAGUUUUGCGCAAGAAAUUUUGAUUUUUAUAAUUUUUAUUGUUUUUUUUUAUUGCUAAUCAUAAUUUUGUGUCGAAAGGAAAUAAUUGACUGGGUUUAUUUUACGUGUUAGUGACUUUGUACGUGUGAUCGUAUCUUGGUCUCGUUGCUAGUGGAGUUGGCCAUAAGCAACGAGGAGGUAAGGAAAUUUUAUAUCAAGUUACGUCGUAUGCAUGAGUGUCUAUGCUCAAUAUUUCUGGUUUUGGAGCUCAUAUUUGAUCUAAUUUUGUUCCUCAAUAGUAGUCCGUCCACUAGGGCGCUAUCGUUUUAUAUGACUUUAGAAAAACACAAAGAGAAUUUGUUAACCAAAAAUAUAGUUGGGAGUUUAGGGCCCGAGCCAGCGAGGUGUAUGACUUCGCAGCGUCGAAAGCUCACCUCUUAUAGGAUUACGGAAUUUUCAUCCAAUAGACACCGGAAACUGCAGCCUUUUAGAGAAACGUGACUUGAUCCUGUCAACAGCUACCAUCAACAACCAUCACGUUUUGUUUUUGUACCUACGAUUAGCCAAACUACCACCACCACCAUUCUUUCGGCUUUAGUGUGUGAAACAGACCGCCAAAAUCAUUCAUCCGUGUUUUUAGAUCCUCUGGUUCCCCCAUCGGUUUAAGCUUUCCUAUAGAUCUAUAACAUCCGGUAUAUUUUGUGUUGAUUUGAAAGCAGACCCAUCGCUUCAAGAUGAGUUUGAACGUGAAUCGUAACGUUAGCGAUGUGUUCUAUCGCUACAAAAUGCCGAGGCUUGUUGCCAAAGUCGAAGGUAAAGGAAACGGCAUCAAAACUGUUAUUGUCAACAUGGCCGAAGUGGCAAAAGCCUUGAGCAGACCGCCCACUUAUCCAACCAAGUACUUUGGGUGCGAAUUAGGAGCACAGACAUUGUUUGAUUUUAAGAAUGAACGCUUUAUCGUAAACGGAUCCCAUGAUGCUGUCAAACUACAAGAUUUGCUUGAUGGUUUUAUCCGAAAAUUUGUGUUGUGUCCUGAAUGUGAAAAUCCCGAAACUGACCUGCUUGUCAGUACUAAGAAAAACACCGUUUCUCAGGGUUGCAAGGCAUGCGGUUACCACGGUCUUCUCGUCAGCAACCAUAAAUUGAUGACUUUUAUCCUGAAGAACCCGCCUAACUUGAACCCGGCCACUCAGGGUUCCUCCCUGACCGAGGGUAAACGCUCGAAACGCAGCAAGAAGGCCAACGGCGACGCUCAGGAUUCGGAGAAUCCGGACAACGACACCAGCGUCGACAAUUCGGCUACCGAAAAGUCCACGGAUAACGGAGACGACAACGGUGACGAUGAUACUGAAUGGGCGGUCGAUGUUUCCGAAGAGGCGGUUAGAGCUCGCCAGCAGGACCUGACAGAUGGAGCUAAGAACAUGACCAUAAGCGACGAUCUUGAAAAGACAGAAAAAGAACGCAUGGAUAUAUUUUAUUUGCUGGUGAAGAAGAAAUUGGACGCCGGUUCCUUAGACAAAGCCGACGAUCAGAAAGAGCUGCUUGUCGAGGCCGAAAGAUUAGAAAUCAAGCAGAAAGCUCCCCUGGUCCUGAUGGAGUUGCUGUUCGAUCAGAACGCUUUACAACAGGCGAAGAAAUAUCGCCUACUUUUGGUCCGGUUCACAUUUAACGAUAAGAAAGCCCAGCGUUAUCUGAUUGGUGGUUUAGAACAAGUGGUGGCGCUGCACAAGAACCAGCUCAUGCCCAGAGUCCCAGCCCUCUUGAAAUUGCUCUACGAUUUGGAUAUUCUGCAAGAAACAUCUAUCCUGGAAUGGGCUGAAAAGGUUUCAAAAAAAUAUGUUUCAAAAGAGGUUAGUCAAGAGAUACACGAUAAGGCAGCACCAUUCAUAAAAUGGCUGAAGGAAGCAGAUGAAGAAUCUUCUGAAUCUGAAGAUGAGUCGGAUGAUGGGGUUGAAAUUGAGUAUGAUGACCGUGCUCAAGUAACACCGCUAAAGCCAACGCCUGUGGCGACCCCUCAGAAGCCAACUGUUCACGAAGAUGAUGGCCCCGAUGAUGUCGACAUAGAUGCCAUCUAACGGUGGGGUAGACAACAGCCCCCUCCGUACUAUGUCGUGGGUGUUUUUCUUUUUUACAUUACUUUUAUUAUGCAUAAAAAAUGAAGUUUAUUAUAUUUACAUGAUAUAAAUAGGUUAAUAUUGUUUCUCUAGAGGUAUCCCUCUUGAGAUUACAAAUUUAUUAUUGUUUUAAUGUCAAAUAAACAGAUUUUAAAGGCC